CCGGUUUCUCAAACUUACCUACCCCACCUUUAACUUACUUUUUUUGUAAUCAUCACAUCCGUUUCUCUUCUGCUUCCACAGAUGUUGAGACCAGACUAUAAGAAGAAAUUGUGGUUAGCAAAUAAAGCAGCUCUCUGCCUUAUCUGCUCUGCUCUUACAAUCACUCAGUAUUACAACGCUCGAUCUCCUGUGAGCCCACCUACUCCGACAAAGCCCAUAGUCCUGCUGUGGUUCUGGCCCCUCGGUGUCAAGUUUGACCUCAAAGGUUGCUUGACCCACUUCAACAUUGAUAGCUGUGUUCUGACAGAUAACAGAUCCCUCUACAGCAAGGCCAAGGGGGUCAUUUUCUACCAUAAAGAUAUAUCCUGGGGGUUACAAAACAUGCCGAAGGGUCCACGUCCGGCUUUUCAGAAGUGGAUUUGGUACCACGUAGAAUCCCCGGCAAACACAGCAAAGCUCCCUGGUCUGGACAACCUUUUCAACUUAACACUGAGCUACAGGAGAGACGCUGACAUCACGGUGAGGAACGAGCUCACUAUCAGGAAGACAGAAAUGACAGAGGACUUUGUUUUGCCAAAAAAAGACAAACUGGUGUGCUGGAUAGUCAGUAACACCAACCAUGGCACUGGAACAGCUGUGAGAGAGAAAUAUUAUCAUGAACUGUCCAAACACAUUGAAAUCCACGUCUUCGGUGCAGCCUUUGGAGGGAAGCGUUUGAGCUACGAGGACUACUACUCCACCAUAGCCAGCUGUACGUUUUACCUGUCGUUUGAGAACUCAGUCCACAGAGACUACAUCACAGAGAAGGUUAACGGGCCCCUCGUGGCCGUGGCGGUCCCUGUAGUAUUGGGACCGCCAAGAGAAAACUACGAGCAGUUCCUUCCCUCCGACGCCUUCAUUCACAUCAACGAUUUCCCUGAUGCAAAGUCACUGGCACAGUUUCUGCUGGGCAUGAAGGACGAGGCGUACAUGCGUUACUUUGAGUGGAGGAAGUUCUUCAUGGCCGCCCCUCAUCUCCUGUCCAUGUACAACGAGUUCCUUCAGCCCAUCUGCCUCGCCUGCGACCACAUGUCAAGAGACCGGGAUUUCCAUAUAGUUCAUGACCUUUAUAAGUGGUACUUUACGUGAAAAUGCCAAUAAAAACAACAUUUGAAAGUGGCUCAGACACAUGUACAUUCAUUACUAGAUUCUUUAAUAUUGUACCUUUAGUCGAGAACUUGUGGGCACUGUAUUUUGUUUAAAGUAUUUGUUAAAAACUGGUUGAAGUCAUACACAGCAGUACCAUUAAGACUGGACACAUUGAUACACUACAUAAUCCUGUAUUUACACUCCUGUUUUUCUGAAUAAACAAGAUAUAACAUGUACAGUUGUAACUUGUAGAGGUGCUUAUCAUGCUGAUUUUGAUCUUUUAGACAGAACCUGGCUUGCUGCUUCACCUGUUUCUAGUGUUAAGGCUAAGCUAAGCUAACCUGCUGCUGGCUCUGGCUUCAAACAGGGAUGAAUAUAAAUCUUCUUAUAUUAUUCACAGUAAAAAAAAGAGCCAAUUCGUGCAUUUCCUAUGACAUCACACUGUUCCUUAAUCCCAAAUAAUGUUUAGUUUCAUGAACAGGUUAAAGGUGGGGUAGGUAAGUUUG